AUGCACAAAAAUGCGGUGACUCUCGCGAGAUUUUUGGUGAUUCUACUUUGUUUUUUUGAGAAAACCAUUGGAAAAGAGAAAUCACUCGUAUUAUUAGUUUCAUUUGAUGGUUUUCGGCACUCUCUUCUCAAUGAGACUACAGUGCCUAACAUCUACAAAUGGGCAAAAGGGGGCACAUGGUUUGUGAAUGGGACAAAGUCACAAUAUGUCACCUAUACAGCCCCGAAUCAUAUGAGUAUUGCCACCGGUUUAUACGAAGAAAGUCACGGAAUUGUCUCCAAUUUCUUCUUCGAUCACAAAGAUGAUACUGUAUUUGAUUAUUUCAACUAUACGGGCAGAAAAAGUGAAAUGGAACUUUCGUCGAGGUGGUAUCUGGGAGAUCCAAUUUGGUUGACGAAUGAUCGAAAUGGUGGCCGAUCAGCAGUUAUGGAUUGGCCAAUGGUUGAAGCAAAUUAUUCGCAUCCUCCCCAUAAACCGCACUGGUUUCGAGCCUGGAGCUCGGAUGGUGAUUUACCGUCAUGGAAGGAGAGUGUCAAUCGACUUCUUGAACAAUUCAUUGAUCAAAAAACACCAGUCAAUUUGGGAAUGCUAUAUUUAUCUCAACCAGACACCGUCCUCCAUCUACACGGAUUUUAUGAUGGAGAAUUCGAGAAAAUCAUGAAAACCCUUGACGAAGCUUUCGGUUAUUUGGUGGAAAGCACUAAAGCUCUGAAUUUGAGCGAUAAAUUGAAUAUUAUUUUGACGGCUGAUCAUGGACAUGCACAGAUUAAAGACUACAAAUCGCUAUUCUGUAUUCGCGACUAUGUAUUGGGAGGAGGCUUUGAAAUGGGAGAUCAUAUGAUAUAUCCAUUAGAUGAAGCACACGGACAGCAGGUGUUCGAGAAUUUGACUCGAGCAAUCAAUGAUGGAUUUGAAAUGGAAGUGAUUUGGAAGAAGGAUAUACCCAUCAAUUGGCAUUAUGCUAAUUCAACGCGAGUUGGACAGAUCAUUUUGAAUCCAAAAAUUGGUUCAGGGCUUUCGUUUUCGUGUCGACAAAAGGAUUUGGAGAAACUCUAUGGCCCAGUUGGUAAAGAAAAAUAUCAUCAAUCAACUCAUGGAAUGGAUCCAAACACACCUGAAAUGAGAGCCCUUCUUGCUAUGAAUGGACCGGCUUUUAAACAAAGGACUAUGAUCUCUCAAAUCCCGAACAACAUCGAUUUAUAUCCAUUUCUCUGUCAUCUACUAAAUGUUCCACCGUCUCCCAAUAAUGGAUCAAUCUCGCUUUUGAAGGAUGCCCUUCAAAGCGAGACUUAUUCUGAUGAAGAUCAAACGAAACAACCACCAAAAUCAUUCGAUCAAAACCAUCAUUCGACUUUCUAUUGGCUUUUCACGGAUUCGCUUGGUUUUCUCGUCUUCCUCGUACCUUCAAUUUGCAUCGUUGUGCUUAUCUUUGGGAUGAUGUGGAAAAAUAUGAUCUUGAAAAAUGAUCCGAAUUGGGCAAGACCAGAGAGAAUAAGAGGAUAUCGACCAUUGAAUUUGGAGAACGAUGAUGAUAAUGACGAGGAGUCUCAAAUCGGUGUUAGUUUCUCUCGACGAGAUGAUCCGACUGGAGAAGGACACGUAAAUCUUACUACGAAGAAGACGAAGAAAAAGAAAGGUGGCCUUCUUGAGGCAGUUGAUACGAGUGAUGAGGAUAUC